ACAAAAAAGAUCAGUGGUUGCCAGGGGCUAGGAGAGGGAGAGGAAUGAAUAGGUGGAGCACAGGGAACUUUAGAGCAGUGAAACCAUUCUGUAAGAUACCGUAGUGGUGGAUAUUAUGCAUUUGUCAAAACUGGAAUACACAACUCAAAGAGGGAGCCCUAAUGUAAACGAAGGACUUCAGUUGGUAAUGGUGUAUCAAUAUUGUUCAUCAAAUGUAACAAUACCACAUCCAAGAUAAGGGAAACUGAGGCAGACGGAGGGAGGGUAUAUGGGGAUUCUCUGUACUAUCUGCUCAAUAUUUUUUAAAGCUAUAACUGCUUUACAAGACUUUAAAGUCGGGAGCUGACGGUGGAGGUUCGAGGCUCCAAUGGGGCUUUCUACAAGGGAUUUAUCAAAGAUGUUCAUGAAGGUUCCCUAACAGUUGUUUUUGAAAAUAAUUGGCAACCAGAACACCAGGUUCCAUUUAAUGAAGUUAGAUUGUCACCACCACCUGAUAUAAAAAAAGAAAUCAGUGAAGGAGAUGAAGUAGAGGUAUAUUCAAGAGCGAAUGACCAAGAACCAUGUGGAUGGUGGUAGGCUAAAGUUCGGAUGAUGAAAGGAGAAUUUUAUGUCAUUGAAUAUGCUGCUUGUGAUGCUACUUACAAUGAAAUACUCACAUUUGAACAACUUUGGCCUGUCAAUCAAAAUAAAACUGUCGAAAAAAAAAAAUACCUUAAGUGCACAGUAGAUGUUCCAGAGGAUCUGAGAGAGGCGUGUACUAAUGAAAAUGCUCAUAAAGAUUUUAAGAAAGCAGUAGGAGCCUGCAGAAUUUUUUACCAUCCAGAAACUACACAGCUGAUACUGUCUGCCAGUGAAGCAACUGUGAGGAAAGUAAAUAUUUUAAGUGACAUGCAUUUGCGAAGUAUUUGUAUGAAGUUGAUGCUUAUGUCCAGAAAUGAAGAGGCCACUAAGCAUUUAGAGUGUACAAAACAACUUGCAGCAGCUUUUCAUGAGAAAUUUGUUGUGAGAGAUUUCAUGGGUCUGGCAAUAGGAACACAUGGUAGUAAUAUACAGCAAGCUAGGAAGUUUCCUGGAGUUACUGCUAUUGAGCUAGAUACUGGAACAUUUAGAAUUUAUGGAGAGAGUGCUGAUGCUGUAAAAAAGGCUAGACAUUUCUUGGAAUUUGUGGAGGAUUUUAUUCAGGUUCCUAGGACUCUUGUUGGAAAAGUAAUUGGGAAAAAUGGCAAAGUUAUUCAAGAAAUCGUGGACAAAUCUGGUGUGGUUUGGGUGAGAAUUGAAGGAGACAAUGAAAAUAACUACCUCAGAGAAGAUGGAAUGGUUCCAUUUGUAUUUGUUGGCACUAAAGAAAGCAUCGGAAACAUGCAAGUUCUUUUAGAAUAUCAUAUUGCUUAUCUAAAGGAAGUAGAACAGCUAAGAAUGGAACGCCUACAGAUUGAUGAACAGCUACGACAGAUUGGUUCUGGGUCUUAUAGUGGAAGAUGCAGAGGUCGUUGGGGCCCUAAUUACACCUCCGGUUAUGGUACAAAUUCUGAGCUGUCUAACCCCUCCGAAACAGAAUCUCAGCGUAAAGAUGAGCUGAGUGAUUGGUCAUUGGCAGGAGAAGAUGAUCGAGACAGCUGACAUCAGCAUGACAGCAGGAGAUGCCCAGGAGGAAGAGGCAGAAGUGUUUUGGAGGGUCGAGGUAGUUGUGGACCAUGUGAUGGCAAAUCCUACAUCAGUUCUGUGCUCAAAGAUCCAGACAGCAAUCCAUACAGCUUACUUGAUAAUACAGAAUCAGAUCAGACUGCAGACACUGAUGCCAGCGAAUCUCAUCACAGUAUUAACCAUUGUAGGCGGUCUCAUAGACGAAGUACUGAUGAAGAUGCUGUUCUGAUGGAUGGAAUGACUGAAUCUGAUACAGCUUCAGUUAAUGAAAAUGGGCUAGGCAAAAGAUGUGACUGAAGAGCAUGGUCCUUCAGAAAAGGCAAUAAAUGGCUCAACUAGUGCUUCUGGCGAUGAAAUUUCUAAGCUACAGCGUACUCCAGGAGAAGAAAAGAUUAAUACCUUAAAAGAAGAAAACACUCAAGAAGCAGCAGUCCUGAGUGGUGUUUCAUAAACUGAAGAAGUUCCUAGUUUACAGUUCUUUUACAUUACAUUUACAAUAGCGCUUGUACAAGCUUGCCAAAGAUAGAAUGUGGAUCACCAGUCUUACAUCGCACUUUCAGUUCCUCCAUUUGGAAUUCAGAAAGGGGAGGGAUCCUGAAGAAAUCAUAUGUUAAACAUACUUUGACACCUUGUGUUAUAAAAUAUAUCAUCAGAUGUGCCUUGAGAAUAGUACAUGUAACAUUAAAAAAAGUUGCUGGCUA